GAAGAAAAAGUUGCACGUCUUCAAAAAAUCCCGGAUGGUGACAAUGAGACAAUGAUUCCUGUACUCUCUUCAAAAAAAGCAAGUGAAUUGCCAGUUGAUGAAGUAGCAAGCAUUCUUCAAGCUAAUCUUCAGAAUGGAUUAAAAAACUGUGAUGUUUGUCAUAGACGGGCAUUCCAUGGAUGGAAUGAAUUUGAUAUUAGUGAAGAUGAGCCACUGUGGAAAAAAUAUAUUUCCCAGUUUAAAAACCCCCUUAUUAUGCUUCUCCUGGCAUCUGCAGUCAUCAGUGUUUUAAUGCAUCAGUUUGAUGAUGCUGUCAGUAUCACUGUGGCAAUAGUCAUUGUUGUUACAGUUGCCUUCGUUCAGGAGUACAGAUCAGAAAAAUCUCUUGAAGAGCUUAGUAAACUUGUCCCUCCAGAAUGCCAUUGUGUACGAGAAGGUAGGGUGGAACAUACACUUGCAAGAGAUUUAGUCCCAGGUGAUACUGUCUGCCUGUCAGUUGGAGACAGAGUUCCAGCUGAUCUACGAUUAUUUGAGGCUGUGGACCUUUCUAUUGAUGAAUCCAGUCUCACGGGUGAGACAGCUCCUUGCUCUAAAUCUACAGCUCCUCAGCCAGCGGCAACUAAUGGAGACCUUACUUCUAGGAGCAAUAUUGCUUUCAUGGGAACAUUGGUCAGAUGUGGAAAAGCAAAGGGGAUAGUUAUUGGAACAGGAGAAAACUCUGAAUUUGGGGAGGUUUUCAAAAUGAUGCAAGCAGAAGAGGCUCCAAAGACACCCUUGCAGAAGAGCAUGGAUCUCUUGGGAAAACAGCUUUCCUUGUAUUCCUUUGCUAUAAUAGGAGUUAUUAUGCUGGUUGGCUGGUUGCAAGGAAAGCAUAUACUUGAUAUGUUCACAAUUGGUGUGAGUUUGGCUGUAGCUGCAAUCCCUGAGGGACUCCCAAUUGUGGUGACGGUGACACUGGCCCUCGGUGUGAUGAGAAUGGUGAAGAAACGGGCUAUUGUAAAAAAACUGCCUAUUGUUGAAACUUUAGGUUGUUGCAACGUAAUUUGUUCAGAUAAAACUGGGACUCUGACCAAGAACGAAAUGACUGUUACUCAUAUUUUUACUUCAGAUGGGCAGCAUGCGGAGGUUACUGGAGUAGGUUAUAACAGGUUUGGAGAAGUGAUGGUUGAUGGUGAAGUUAUUCAUGGUUAUAACAACCUAUCCAUUAGCAAAAUUGUUGAGGCGGGUUGUGUGUGCAAUGAUGCUUUGAUUAGAAACAACACAUUAAUGGGGAAGCCAACUGAAGGGGCUUUAAUUGCUCUUGCUAUGAAGGUGCGUACUUGA